AGCUCCCCACUCUCCGCACUGCUUCACUUCAUUUUCAUCUUCCUCUUCCUCGGUCCGCCACCCAAAACUCGAAACUAUGUCAGCCAUGGAGUCUCUCAUCCUUCAACUCCACGAAAUCUCCGCCGUCAAAUUUGGAAACUUCAAACUAAAAUCUGGCAUCUCUUCCCCAAUCUACAUCGACCUCCGUCUCAUCAUCUCCUACCCCUCCCUCCUCCGCCAAAUCUCUUCCAUCCUCAUCUCCUCCCUCCCCUCCACCACCCAGUACGACACCAUCUGCGGCGUCCCCUACACCGCCCUCCCCAUCGCCACCUGCGUCUCCGUCUCCAACAACAUCCCCAUGCUCAUGCGUCGCAAAGAAAUCAAAGACUACGGCACCUCCAAGGCCAUCGAGGGCACGUUCAAGCCCUCCGAGACUUGCUUAAUCAUCGAAGAUUUGGUCACCAGCGGUGCCUCCGUGCUCGAGACUGCGGCGCCGCUUCGUUCUGCAGGAUUAAUCGUCAAAGACGCGGUCGUUUUGAUCGAUCGAGAGCAGGGCGGGCGGGAGAAUUUGAAGGAGAAUGGGAUUGAAUUGCAUUCGAUGAUUAAGUUGAGUGAGAUGGUGAGGGUCUUGAGGCAGAAGGGGAAGGUGGAUGAGGAGAUGGAAAGAGUGGUGAUGAAGUUUUUGGAGGAGAAUAAGAAGGUGGGGGUGCCCAAUAUUGGGGUUAAGGCUAGGGUUAAGGGUUUGAGAUACGAGGAGAGAGUGAAAUUGAUGAAGAAUGAGAUGGGCAAGAAGUUGUUUGAAGUAAUGGUGAAGAAGGAGAGUAAUUUGUGUUUGGCUGCUGACGUUGCCACAGCUGAUGAGUUGCUUCAAAUUGCUGAUAAGGUUGGACCAGAGAUCUGCUUACUGAAAACCCAUGUUGAUAUCUUGCCUGAUUUCACUCCUGAUUUUGGUUUGAAACUCCGAGCAAUUGCAGAAAAGCAUAAUUUCCUUAUUUUUGAAGAUCGUAAGUUUGCAGACAUUGGCAAUACUGUGACCAUGCAGUAUGAAGGAGGUGUAUUCCGUAUACUGGAUUGGGCUGAUAUAAUUAAUGCUCACAUAAUUUCUGGACCUGGAAUCGUCAAUGGACUGAAAUUGAAGGGUUUGCCUCGCGGUAGGGGCUUGUUGUUGCUUGCUGAAAUGAGUUCAGCUGGUAACCUCGCAACUGGAGAGUACACAGCUGCAGCUUUGAAAAUUGCUGAGGAGCACUCUGAUUUCGUCAUCGGCUUCAUUUCGAUUAAUCCAGCAUCAUGGCCAGGGGCACCAGUUAAUCCAGCAUUUAUUCAGGCAACCCCUGGAGUUCAAAUGGUAAAGGGUGGUGAUAAUCUUGGUCAGCAGUAUAAUACUCCACAUUCUGUUAUAUACGAUAGAGGCAGUGACAUUAUCAUUGUGGGUCGUGGAAUCAUAAAGGCAACCAACCCUGCAGAGGCAGCUCACGAGUACAGACAUCAAGGAUGGGAUGCAUACUUGGCCAAGUGCUCAUGACCUUUCACUCCACUCCCGUGCUACACAUUACAUGCCUGUGUUGUUUGGUAAUGAACACAGUUUUGUUUUAAUUCAUGUCAUCUUAUGUGCUUUUGAGUGCAAUGUAUUUUUAGUUAUCAAGUUUGAUACAAUCAUUAUUGAUUGCCCAUGUGAAGGAUUGUUGCUAGUUUACCUAAUUUGUGUUUGUGGGGGUUUCCCCUUCAAUAAAACAACUAAUAUUAAAAAUGACAGAUCAAUUUUUAA